ACGGAGGGAAACAUAUAUGAGGACAAUGGCCAGGGGUUUCUUUGUCUUCAUCUUCAAUCUACAAACAAAGAAAAUUGCAGAACUGUCUAUCUCUAUCUUCUACCUUCAACCUUUCCCCUUCAAUCUCUAUACAUCUGCAAAAUGACCAUGUCUGGCUCCUUUGAGCCCAUCUCCCGGCGCCCCUCUCAGCCCAACACCCGCAUUCCUCCCAUCAUGGCCAAGAACGCCUCCCUCCAAACCCCCUACAAACUAGCCACCAUCUCCCACAGCAAACUGCGUCAAGAGGCAGACUCCAAAACACCCAAUCUGCGACGCUGCAUCGCCCACGCCGGCAUCCUGCGGCAAUCCAUCGAGACCACCCAGCGUGACAUCAACAAGCAGAUGCACUCAUUCCAUCUCGAUGAGGAGGAGGUCGAGGAGGAGGAGGAGGAGGAAGAAGUCCCCGUCACCGUUACCAAGAGUGAAGUCGACAUUUCUCCCAUCCGCGAACACAUCACGGCCGCUGUGAAGGCCAUGAUCCGGCGACGAUCGCAGGGGUCGAAGGGUGGGGAGGCGAACAAUCUUACACGUGUCGAGGCGCAUGGCAGUGUCAUCUCGUCGGAUAAGAAGAAUGUCGUGCUGCGCAAGUACGCGGCCAAGUUGGUGCCCAGCCGGAAGGUGUGGUCGUCGCCGGUUCUGCAGGCCAGCGCGGCGGGCUGAGAGGAUACGACUGUGCUGCACUCGACUCCAUUACCAAUACUCUACACGAUCAAUUAUGAUCAACGGAUCAGAGAUUCAAGACAGAUUGAGCAGUUCAGACCGAGUCAUACGAAGGCCACUGGUGGUUUUCAGGGCACGCCAGAGAAAAAGAUAUCGAUAGAUAUUCACAUAUGCAUAACGAGCACUAGAUGAUACACGAAUAAACGAAUACUUCAUGC